AUGGCCAACACAGCACAUCUGCCAGUGCCCAAGGCCAUCUCACCCGUGCCCACGCCCACGGCCAGCCCCUCGCACAACGACGACUACGUCGCAUUACAAGACGCACCGCCUGCGAAGCAUGACGACGACUAUGUGGCCAUUCAAGACUACUCACAGCGCGACGACGACGAAACUGGUCUCAGCGAGCCGCGUGCGAGCACUUCGUGGCGCGCGUCCCGCCGCAGCACAUCGCGUGUCCGGCUCAGUCGUCUCGAGAGCAUGAUGCACGAAGAGCACGCCGCGGCCUUGAUCCCGAUGCCGAUUCUCUAUGUGACGAUCGCGGUCGCGCUCAUGGGGUCGUUCCAAUUCGGCUGGCUCCUCUCGCAGCUCAACUACCGUCCGUUCAACGUCGACUGCUUGAAAGUCCCGAUUCCGGACCAGGCGUGCAUCAUGUUUCCCGGCCACUCGGGCAACGAGUGGACGAUGGCGGUCACGGCGUGGAUCGUCGGUGGUGCGAUCGGCGCCAUGACCAGCGGGUACCCCGCCGACAAGUUUGGUCGUCAGCGUACGCUCUUUUUGAUUGCGAUCACGAUGAUCAUCGGUGGCGUCCUCGAGACGGUCUCGAGUGAGAUCUACCUCUUCUCGUUUGGCCGCGUCGUCUCGGGGAUUGCGUCUGGCGCCGCCAUCAACGUCAGCAACGAAGACAGCCUCGGCAACUACGCGUUCUUCAUCUUUGUCGCCUUCCUCGUCGCGUACGUCGUCUUCAUCUACUUUGUCGUGCCCGAGACGGCGCAGAAAACGUUCGACGAGAUCCAAAAGGAGUUUGAUAUCGAACCCGCGCACAAAAACGACGACGACGAAGAAGCACCCAAGCAGGACCCGUGGGCCUCGUAA